AUGUUUUUUGAUCACGCUGCUCAGCUCUCUUGGAUUCUUGUGAUCUCUGAGGCCAGCGACCUUUGCCCCCGAGAGCAUGAGCUCGGGACCUUUGGGACGCCACGCUUAGCAGCCUUUGUGGAUGGCCACCUCCGUGGGCAAUCAGAGGGCCAGCCCAGCUUUCCACGCCCACGCUGGCAGCCGUUUAGUGUCACGGUGGAGUUGACCAGCGAGUUGCUCUUGGUCGUUCUGGAGUCAGACCCCCUGCAGCCGAGGCCGGGCGCGCCCUUCUGCUAUGGCUUUUUGCGCUUGAGGGAGGAGCUGGGACCCUUGGCCUGGCAGCAGAAGAUCCACAUCUCGCGGCCGCUGGAAGAGGCUCCAGGAAGGUACGGAAGCUUGUCGAUUGAACUCUCAGUGGACGAGCCACGCCCUGAACCUCCAGCUCCAGGCGGCAAAGUCCUGUCCUUGGCCAAUGCCAUAGCCCACCCAGUGGACUGGUGUGGAGUGCUUCGCUUUUCACCUGAGCUGGGGCUUGGCCGAUGGUCCUUGGAAGCAGCUGCAGGGCCUCCACAGGCCCCAGGGCCAGACCAGGACGGCCUCUCCCCUUCAAGUGGCUUCAUCAGUUGGGUGGCUGAAUCCAAAGAAGCCUUAGCAUGCCCGGAAAUGAAGGAGCUUUUUGUGGUGGAACGGGAUGUGGUCUUCAGUGCUCAUGCCUCUUUGGGAGAUAAAGCUGGCAAGUGCAUGAAGCGCCUCUCGCGCAUGCGCGGAGCAGGUGGGAUGUGCAACAUGUUUGUGGAUGCGCAUCCAGAUCCACUAGCUUUUGAGAUGGCAGGGGUCAAGCACCCUCCAAGGAUGCACCUCAGGUUCUUCCCGGCAGAAUUCCUUAGACCGAAGCCAGGGAUGCCAUGUGGCCUAAGCAUCAGGAUCACCCUUGCAGCUGUACCUCCGGGCCUCGAUUUGCCACUCGUGUUCUACGUACCCGCUGGGUGCUUCUCAGAAUACGCACAAGAACAAUCACAUGCAAGUUUUUGCAUCAGUCACAUUGGCGACUGUGCAGAGAUUUGCCUUUCAGACCCUUCACGUCUAAUUGGGCGCGCUCUUUGGCGGGUCUCGGCCAACUUUUCCUCUGAAAGAACGAGGGGCUUGGAUUUGACCCGACUUCUUACAGUCCCAGAUGCAUUCAUUGAUGUGCUAGCUCUCAGGCUCCGCCCUGUUGAUGAGAAGGUGCUGACCAUACCUGUGGAUGAACAUGCCAUCGUUUUGCGGGUGCUUCCAAGCACGCUGCGUGUUGAUGUGCCCAGACCUGUUUUUGGUCUCUUCCUCCCACCUGCAGAUACAGCAGAUGAUUUGCGCAUGAUGAGCCCGGGAGGUGAAGUAGCAGGGAUUUUUGUGCAUAGCCUAGCCGUGCAUUCGCCACAUGUGAGAUGUUGCUUGAUCAGUGCAGGGCCUGACCCAGGCACUCUCUUCUACCCUUUGCCACACAUGGGUGGCAAGGUGUUUAUCCCAGCGCAGCCAGACCACCAUGGCAAGGUCAUCGCACAUGCUUUUCUACCUGACUUUGGGUAUCAUGCAGUUGCAGAAGCCACUGUGAGCGACUUUGCUUUGCAGCUGCGUUGGCUUUUCAAUGAAGGUAGUGGUCACAAGACCACAGUGUUAGCUGCUGCUUUGAUUACGUUCGCGCGUUGGCCCUUAGCAGAUGGGAUUUCGGCGAUUGGCCUUCGGGUCAUGCGAAAUAGUGUCCCAGCAGAAGCGUCAUCACUCUUGACGCCUUUGAGCAUCGGCAUGGACGAGGGGGAUGCCUUCACUUGGUAUGGGAGGGACGGAGAUGAUCAUGAAGCAAUUCUGUCAGUUGGCUCGGCAGGUGCUGGAAUGGAGGUGCAGUGCGGUGAGUGCAUUACAUCAAGCUUCCUCCUGCCUGAUUUACUACUUGCACAAUCCGCCUUGGGAUUCAGCUAUGAGCUUGAUGGCGCACCCGACCUGGAGAAGGGCCAGGAGCAAGAACAUGCAGAUGGUGAUCAGAAAUCAUACUCCGAGGAGCUUUCCAAAGCCAAAAAGAUGGUCUUUGAUGAGACGCAGGGAAUCCUGGUGCCGGCUGCAGACAGUGAUGACUCGCAAGGGACAAGCGAUGAGAAGGAUGCUCGACGUGCUCGACAUCUUUCCUCGCCUCCUCGGCGGCUCCGGCGUGAGGCAGUGACAACAUCUGCGGCAUUGUGCUUGCCCGUUCUUGUGGAGGAGCGGCAGGACGAUAAAAGUGCCAUGGCCUUUUGUUUCCUUCCGGUUCGAGUGCAGCAUGUCUCGGAGAGGCCACAGCUGCAGUUUGGCGCUGAUGCAGCGCUGCGGCGGCUUACCAAAGGUUCUCCAAAUGCGACUGGGGUAAUCCUUUUGCAGAAAUUCUCCUCCUUUGCACGCCUGGAGGCCCAUAGCGAUGGAUCUUGCCAGGGCUGCUGGGAGCCUGUGCCUGCCCUUUCACUCACUGUGACUGGAUUCUCGGGCGUAGCGGCCCGAGCUUCUGCGAGAACCGCCGCUCAUUCCUCACGUGGCUGUGCCGCAACUUGGAGCCCACCAGUCUCUGGCGACAAGGAGUCUCCGCCCCACAUCAUUAAGAUGCGCUUCGCCACCCAAGAGGACGCAUGCUUGGAAGUUCAAAUCGAGUUUCGCUUCUCGUGUCCUGCUUGUUCAGAAGCAGCUACCUUCACUGCUUGUGGCCAAGUGCAUAUGACAGCAUUGUGGCAACCCAUAGACGUCCACCUGAACAUCCGAAAGAAUCAAGGCUUGAUUUCUGCAGGACAUCUAGGCACAGCUUUUGCAAGGCUGAUGCUUUGUCCUUCGCAGCUUUGUGGUCCUCAGCCGGGCUUGUUGACCCUGGAACUCAAGCCAGUUUUCCCUGGCGGUCCGGGGGUUUCGGAGCUCCUGGAUUUGGAGACCAAUGCCGUGAGGUCCGGGUGGCACGGGCCAGCUGUAACUGAAAUACCAGCUGGCCUGCGCUUGGCAGUGGACAAGGAAGGAGGUCCGGCUUUGGUCCUAGAUGGGAGGCCAGAGGACUUCUCUGCCGCCGGCCGCCGGCGGUGCCAACUCUGUGUGGAGAUUGGACCAGAGGACGCACUGCGAAGCGUCACUUUGGAGCUUCAGGCUCUCACUGGGUCCCGGCGUUUGCUCCGCUCCUUGCUUCUAGCAGCCCUGGGUCCAUUGGGAGAUACCGCCGUUGUUGCAUACCACAUUCAUUUUGGGCCAAGGUGCUCCUUGGCCCUGCUGUGCAGCUUCGAAGCGCGGCGACAUGUCCUCCAAGUGCGACAGGUUAAGGCCAGACCUACAAUGCCGCUGAGCUUGGAGGUGACACAGGAAGAUACCGCAAAGGAGGAGCAGAACCGAAGGCUUCGGGCACCAUGGCGCACCACUCACAGGCGCUGA